AUGGCCAACGAUAGACAGUAUCACCUCAAAUUUGAUGGCACAAACGCGGAAUCUGUAGACAAAUAUUUGGAAUAUAGAAGGAUCGUAGGUGAUGAUGAUGGGGGGACGAUGUUCACACCAGAGGAGUUUGAGGAUUACAAAAAGAAUGUACUCCCAAAGCGGAUGAAGAAUCGACUUUACACCAGCUGGUCGUCACCCACUGGUAUGGACUGUAAACUGAUUGGUCCAGAAACGCCAUGUUUUUGCAAACACAGGUAUAAGCAGCAUAAGACGGAUUUUGACGUAAUUCCAACUGAGCGACCUAUCAUGAUACCAUGCCGACAGAAGGGAUGCAAGUGUGUCACCUAUCAUUACAUACCGAUGAACGGAAGUCAACAAAUAAGGUGCAGCACAUGUAAGCACACAGCAGAUGAACACUCGGAGGAACAGCCACGACUCGUAUGCAAACGAAGAGGAUGCAGCAAAUGCACAGGAUUCACCAGUUCCUUUUCCUGUGCCUGCGGAGUCGUAUUAAAACAACACAAAAUGAUCGUGGAGACAGCGGAGGAGAGGGAGGCUAGAGGACACCCCCUUGGGGAAGCCACACCCUAUGCAGCGAUGGGUGGGAUCACUGGCUUUUCUUCUUUAGCUGACGGAUACAUGCGUCUUGACCCAAGCGGCAGAGGUGCGCCGGCUAAAGGCUAUUUGGAACAGUCUAUCACAUCAGCCGACAAUCCGUACCUUCGUUCUAACGUACAGGCCAUCAAGUCUCACCAAAUGAGGAAGAAAGAAUCAGGUCUGACUGGUCCCGAAGAUGAGAUAUUUGAUGAUAUCACAGAGCGAGUGUCACAGAUGAGGCGACCAGGAGAAGAAGAUUUAGAAUAUUACGAGAGGCGACACCAAGAACGGCAAAAGCACUUAGCAGCGGGUGGGGCAAAGACUUUAGAUCCAAGCCAGCUCCACGCUGGGUCUCGAAAGGCGAUAGAGGCCAAACCGUCAUCCAGCCGUCCCAAGUCCAAGAAAUAG